AUGGGGAGGAAGCUGACCUCACGCGCCAAUUGGCAUGGCUGUGGGAGGGCGCCGCUCGCUUUUUGAGUUGGAGAAGAAGGCAGUCUCCGGCAGCGGGCUGCACCCCUGAAGGAAGCCGGUCUCCCAGGACUGUUUUUCCGCCCCUCAGAUUGGUGAGCCAACAUAGAAAACAAUGGCUGACAAUAGUAUAUCAAUAUCGACCUUGGGAAGGACUUACUUGGCAGACUGUUCUAUUUUUGAGGCUAAAGUUGUUGACGCUUCUAAGGAAAACUUGUAUAUUGGAUCUGCCUCAAAUGUUGAAGAAGAAAUGCCUCAGGUUGAAACUCGAGUGAUAAUGGUUCAAGAAGCUGGAAAACAGGAAGAACUUGUAAAAGCCCUAGAGACUAUUAAAAUAAUGGAAAUCCCUGUUAUAAAGAUAAAAGAAAGUUGUCCUGGAAAAGCGGAUGAAAAGUUAGUAAAAAGUAUUGUUACCAUGGAAACGCAAAUGUCUUAUGCAAGGAUGGAGUCAGUGAAUGAACUUGAAGGUUUGGAUUCCCCAGAAUUUGAGAAUGUCUUCGUGGUUCCGGACUUCCAGGAUUCUGUCUUUAAUGACUUACACAAGGCUGAUUGUAGAAUUAUUGGACCACCUGUUCUUUUAAGCUGUGCACAAAAGGGAGAGCCUUUGCCAUUUUCAUGUCGGCCGCUGUACUGUACAAGUAUGAUGAAUCUAGUUUUAUGCUUUACUGGAUUCAGGAAGAAAGAAGAGCUAGUCAGAUUGGUGACAUUAGUUCAUCAUAUGGGUGGAGUUAUUAGAAAAGACUUUAAUUCAAAAGUUACACAUUUGGUGGCAAACUGUACAGAAGGAGAAAAAUUCCGGGUUGCUGUGAGCCUGGGUACUCCAAUUGUGAAACCAGAAUGGAUUUAUAAAGCAUGGGAAAGGCGGGAUGAGCAGAAUUUCUGUGCAGCAGUUGAUGACUUUAGAAAUGAAUUUAAAGUUCCUCCAUUUCAAGAUUGCAUUUUAAGUUUCCUGGGAUUUUCAGAUGAAGAAAGGACAAAUAUGGAAGAGAUGACUGAAAUGCAAGGAGGUAACUAUUUACCAGUGGGAGAUGAGAGAUGCACUCACCUUAUAGUUGAAGAGAAUACAGUUAAAGAACUUCCAUUUGAACCUUCAAAGAAACUUUAUGUUGUCAAGCAAGAGUGGUUUUGGGGAAGCAUUCAGAUGGAUGCCCGUGCUGGAGAAACUAUGUAUUUUUAUCACAAGGCUCAUACUCCGGAGCUCAAAAAAUCCGUGUCAUUGCUUUCUCUAAAUACUCCAAACAGCAACCGCAAAAGACGUCGUUUAAAAGAGACACUUGCUCAGCUCUCAAGAGAGACAGACAUGUCACCUUUCCCUCCCCGGAAGCGUCCAUCUGCUGAACAUUCCCUUUCUAUAGGGUCACUCUUAGAUAUCUCCAACACACCAGAGUCUAGCAUUAACUGUGGAGAUACACCUAAAUCUUGUACUAAGUCUUCCAAAAAUUCUACUCCAGUUCCUUCAAAGCAGUCAGCCAGGUGGCAAGUUGCAAAAGAGCUCUAUCAGACUGAGAGCAAUUAUGUAAAUAUUUUGGCAACAAUUAUUCAAUUAUUUCAGGUGCCAUUGGAAGAAGAAGGACAACGUGGUGGGCCUAUUCUUGCACCAGAAGAGAUUAAAACUAUCUUUGGUAGCAUCCCAGAUAUCUUUGAUGUCCACACUAAGAUAAAGGAUGAUCUAGAAGACCUAAUUGUUAACUGGGAUGAGAGCAAAAGCAUUGGUGACAUCUUUCUUAAAUAUUCCAAAGAUUUGGUAAAAACCUACCCUCCUUUUGUAAACUUCUUUGAAAUGAGCAAGGAAACAAUUAUUAAAUGUGAAAAACAGAAGCCCCGAUUUCAUGCUUUUCUGAAGAUAAACCAAGCUAAACCAGAAUGUGGACGGCAAAGCCUUGUUGAACUUCUCAUCCGACCAGUGCAGAGGUUACCCAGUGUGGCAUUACUUUUAAAUGAUCUUAAGAAGCAUACAGCUGAUGAAAAUCCUGACAAAAGCACAUUAGAAAAAGCUAUUGGAUCACUAAAAGAAGUAAUGACGCAUAUCAAUGAGGAUAAGAGAAAAACAGAAGCACAAAAGCAAAUUUUUGAUGUAGUGUAUGAAGUAGAUGGAUGCCCAGCUAAUCUUUUAUCUUCUCACCGAAGCUUAGUGCAGCGAGUUGAAACAAUUUCUCUAGGCGAGUACCCCUGUGACAGAGGUGAACAAGUAACUCUCUUCCUCUUCAAUGACUGCCUGGAGAUAGCAAGAAAACGGCAUAAAGUUAUUGGCACUUUUAAAAGUCCUCCUGGCCAUACUCGACCUCCUGCUUCUCUUAAGCAUAUUCAUCUAAUGCCUCUUUCUCAGAUUAAAAAGGUGCUGGACAUAAGAGAAACAGAAGAUUGCCAUAAUGCUUUUGCCCUGCUUGUGAGGCCACCAACAGAGCAGGCAAAUGUGCUACUCAGUUUCCAGAUGACGUCAGAUGACCUUCCCAAGGAAAACUGGCUGAAGAUGCUAUGUCGACACGUAGCCAACACCAUUUGUAAAGCAGACGCUGAGAACCUUAUUUACACUGCUGACCCAGAAUCCUUUGAGGUAAAUACAAAAGAUAUGGAUAGUACGCUGAGUAGAGCAUCCAGAGCCAUCAAAAAGACUUCAAAGAAGGUCACAAGAGCAUUCUCUUUUUCCAAAACUCCAAGGAGAGCUCUCCGAUUGGCCCUGAUGCCAGCCCAUAGCUCGGCAGAGGGAAGAAGUCCUGAUAAGCACACUUUGAGUCGUCUGUCUAGCACGUCAUCACUAGCAGGCAUUCCGUCUCCGUCUCUUGUCAGCCUUCCUUCCUUCUUUGAAAGGAGAAGUCAUACUUUAAGUAGAUCCACAACUCAUCUGAUAUGAAACUUUAGAAAUCUUAAAUUACAGGCAUAUAUAAACACCUCAUACUCUAGUAAGAAGCUGACUUAAAUGGUACUUGUGUUAGCACUUGGUGAAAGCUAGAAAGAAGAUAAGUAACACUAAACUAUGUUAUUUGAUUUUCUUCUUGAAAAUUUUUUGAAAUUCAUGUAAAAAAUAUGUUGAUUUUGAUGUAAUUUAUCUUUUUGCUCACAUUCUCAUCUGAAGACCAGUAAUUUAUUAUUCAUUGUAUCAGUAGCUUUGUAACUCCUGAUAGUAAAAUUUAUUUGGUAUAAAUUUUACUGGUGGUGUCAAAUACUACUGUGAUUCUGUUUGUAUAGUAUCCGUGAAUGUUUAUGGAAGUACAUAUUUGUGUAUCUCCAUUUGUGCAGAGAUUAAGUGAUAUUAUUAUACUUACUAGAUAAAAACCUGCAGAGAUUCUUGAUUAAAUAAUGAGGCCUUACUUCAUUCAAUACACUGUUUGAUGUAUUUAACUGCUCUUUUUCAGUUGGUCUCAGAUGUUUUCAAGAUCCAGCAUGUGGGUUUUAAAUUCUGCCUUUAUUAACAAGUAUAACAUUUAAAUAAGAUUGUUUGAACAUAUUGUUACAAACUGAGAUAAGGAAAGAAAAGUUAUAAAAAACUGUAUAUUUUGUAAAAGCAAGACAUGAGUAUAAGCUUAUAUCUGUUUCAGUGAGUAUAUUUUGGGGGAUUUUAGCCACUAGCAAAUCUUGAUUUGGUUUGAUACUAUAUUGGAAUUUAUUUCAAAGGAUAAGACCAUGGAAAAUGGUGGUAAAGAUUAUUUAUCUCUUUAUGAAAUCAUUCCAAAUUUACCAUUAGCAUUAUGAUCUGCUGUGAAGUACAUAGAUAUACAUGUGUGGUAACAUUUUAUUGUGGUCUUAAUAUUAGAAAUUUACUGUUGUAUCUUCCAAAGUCUGAUGUUACCAUUUCCAAUAGUAUUUUUGUAGUUGAUGAUACAAAAUAAUCAAGCUUCUGGGAAUAUGUGUUUUUUUUUAAAUUUCCUAUGGGAUACUGCAAAUAUUUCAUUGUUGGGCAUUUUUCAGUUACCUGCAUUAAUAGUUUAAGUGACUAUAGCUUCUUUUUUUUAUACUAUGUAUGUGCUGCUUCAGAUAUUAGUAAAUGAAUUUUUUGUUGUAUUUUAAAAAUAGUUACAUUAGCUAAAAACCUUGUAAAUAAAUGUUCAAACCCAAGAAAACUUCCCAGUG